AUACGCGUGCUGCGACGGACAAGAGAUUCAUUCGCUUGCUUCGAGUCAAGGGCCGAAAAAAGACCUUGCAGGGUGCCCAACAAACACACACGCAGAUAUUCGUGACGCGCUCAACGAACGACGGCAAGACUUCCUGCGGAGACGCAUCCACUUGCGAUCACGUCGGCGCAUGAGAGAAAGGCAGAAUCAGGAGCAACGGACUCUUCAGGAGGAGUCCAGAAAAAGCUUGAAAAGCUCGAGCACGGGGGCGUCCGAGGCACAUUCGCUCAUAGUUUAUUGGUUCAUACGUGCAGGACGAGGGCCCCGGCGAUGGGCAUGGUGGGGCCCCGAGGGAAUCAAUGGGCCGGAAUGGCCUCGUCACAUUUUCCAGGCUGGUGAAAAUCGCGAACCCGUCCGUCGCUCGGCGCUCGACGUGAAGGCCCGGGAAGGGAAGCGGAGGAGCGCAGCUGUCGCCCUCCUCUGCCUUUGCUCUCGCUCUCUCUGCCUCUGCCUCUGCCUCUGGAGAUGACGAGCAGCAAGCGCAGUACGAGGAGGAGCAUCCGGCUGCACGAGCAAGAAGGCGCCCCGCAGAGGAGAGUGGCGUUGGGACUCUGGUUUGCUGCCGAGGGUGCUGCUGGUGCCGGUGCCAGUGUUAGUGCCAGUGCGAGGUUGUAGUCUUGGGAGUGUGAGAUCGGGCGAGGGAGAGACUGAGAGAGCGAGAAGGGGGGAGCGAUUGUUGCGCGAAUGACUUUGACUAGCCAUGGUCGGAGAGCUGCCGCUGUUGCUGGCUCAUAGAUUGAAUCGGGAAGCGCAUUUCUUGAGCCGGAGACGCUGUGCUAACGAUCGCGUUCUUGGUUGAAGAAGCUGCUUGGGAGCGAUCGGUGCGUUCGUUCUUCUUCAUGGAUGCCGAUGAGAAUGACUCUAUUGUCCGCCUCAAUGUGGGAGGAGUGGAAUUCGCAACUACAGUCGAUACGUUGUGUCAGCGCGAGACAGAGUCCAUGCUGGCUGUUAUGUUCAGCGGUAGACACAAACUUCACAUGGACAAGAUAAAGAAUGCAGUCUUCAUUGAUCGUGAUGGUACUCACUUCCGUCACAUUUUAAAUUGGUUACGUGACGGUGUGAUUCCCCUGCUCGAUCCUGCUGCAUACACAGAGCUUCAAAGAGAAGCACAGUUUUACCAACUCAAUAUUUUCAAAGAGCAACUGACCGUCAUCCUUUCAAGGAAAGAGGAAGAGGAGGGAAAGGCCGAAAUGACGAGGAGUCAGGUGAUCAAAUGCAUACAGUCCAAACGAGUUCGUUUACGAGGUGUAAGUCUGUCUGGCCAGAAUCUCUCCAAGCUGGAUUUAUCAGGAGUGGAUUUCAGCAACGCCAAUAUUGGCAACACCUUUUUCAUUCGAGCAAAGCUCAUCGGGGCAAACUUUUGCGAAGCAGAAGCUGACGGUGCAAAUUUCCACAAUGCCAAUUUAAGCGAAUGCUCAUUCAUCAAAGCUGGUAUGCGAGGAGCCGUGCUUGCGGGUGCUCUCUUGCAGAGUGCGAAUUUGCAAGAUGCUAUUCUGUCCAAUUCAAGUUUCUGUAAUGCGGAUCUUCGUUCCGCGCACUUGCAGAAUGCCGACCUUUCAAACGCCAACUUAUCUAAUGCCAUCUUGGAGGGGGCAAACUUGAAGGGGGCGAGAUUGUAUGGUGCAAAUCUUAAGGGAGCAAACCUGCAACGAGCCUAUCUACGAGAUGUGGAUCUUCGCAACACUAUCCUGGAUGGUGCAAAUUUGGGCGGAGCGAACUUGCAAGGAGCGAGUAGGUGAGGAGAGUUCAAAACCACGUGUGGUUCAAGCCGCAUACAUGGUGAUAAUUGAAGAUCGAGCUGGAAGGGUUCAGCCCUAAUUGCCUCUGUACCCUACCGACUGUAAAUUUACUGACGUCAUUCACUUCCAGCCAAUAAGAGGCUUCUACUCCGGACAUUUGAGGAGCUGCAUGUAGAGGAGAUGUACAUAUACGGCAAAGCUUUCACUUAUGUAGACACAUUAUUUUGUUUAACUUUGCUGCUACUACAGUAGUUCGCUCUCAAACAGAAGAUGGAGUUUCUUUCUCUGCAUGGUUGUACCAGUAAACCCGACUGAUGUAAAGAAGUGCUCCAAGCAGAAGAACUUUCUGUCAGAGCACAAGUAGCACAAGCUGUCUUUCUUCUCAUAGACCGAAGAAAAACAAGAACUUCUCGAAGUAGGAAGGAAGGAAAGAAGAUUACCCCAUUAGAGCAGCAUGCAUGACUAGUGUCGGUUGCGAGGGCACUAGUGUAGUUCUUCGUGCAUGUCAUGUGCAUUCAAUUUGUGAAUGUCUGAGCUGAUAAAUGAUAUUCUGGUUUCUUCA